CAGGGAGAAUAUGAGAGAGAAGUUCCUAUGUAUGUGGGAAUUUUCAAUUAAUAUCCUCAUCUCUCCUGCAUCCACUCUCCUCCAACAAUUCCUAUCUCUCUGUCUCCCUGCCUCUCUGCCACCAUUGUUGUCUUUUUUCUUACUCUUUCAUGGAUACCAAGAUUCUGCUGAUUUUCUGGGGUUGAUGGUUGUGGUGGAUGGAUCUAACCACACCCUUUCUGGCAUUUCAUGAAGGGAUGGAAUCCGGAGAUCCAAAAGGAACUAGCAGUGAUUUAAAGAAACAUCAAGAAGCUACUCUGGGUGAAGGUAAACAAGUUACCUCCAACAAAAAGUUGAGUUCUCCGUCUCUGUCCUCCUCCUCGUCUUCUUCAUCUGAAAACCACUUUGAAUUGGAUAUAAAACAAGCCAGUAACUCUACACCAGGAGCAGUCAGUAAGCAACCUUAUGAUGGUUCAGUAAUACAACAUCCCCCAACACAAGUCAUGGAGCGACCUGGAGAAUCAAGUCCUUCAUCCUCGGUUCCCUCUUAUAGGAUUCCAUCUAAUGUCUUUGAAAGUAAUACAAAUGCUCCAACGGAAUGGAGUGUUGCUUCCAAUGAAUCCUUGUUUAGCAUUCACAUGGGAAACAUGAGUUUUACAGGAGACCUGCUAACCUAUUCAUAUAAGUCAGGUGAGCUCGUUGUCCCUGGUGAUUCAUAUUCUAGCCCUCUGAAAGAUGCCAGUAACCAGUCACCACAACCUAAACCAACUGAAAUCAGCAGUAAAAGCAGUAAUUUGAAUGGGGGUUCAACAACGAGUUGUGUAAAGGUCGAUAAAGAAGAAGACCGAAGGCAAGCCGAGUUUUGUCUCAAGGAUUCAUAUAACAUUGGUAGCUCUUCUCAGCAUUCAGAUACGAGUGUCAAAUCUUUUGCAUUUCCAAUUUUGGCAGGAGGAGAUUCAAGUGGUUCUGUUAGACCGGGGUUAAAGCAUCAACAGUCACAACCUUCAACCCCAAAAGUGGCCACAGUAACACAGUCUGAACCAGCCACCCCUAACCUGCAGACCACCAAGGAACAGACUCCUAAAGCACCACAAAAUGCUGGACAAGCAAAGUGGUUUUCAUGCUUCCCUUGCUGCCCAUGACAUUCUUGAUAGACUGUAGAUGAUCUAAAGGAAAACGUGGUUUUAAUCAUUGUUAGAAAAAAUACCGGUUUUGACUUUUCUCUUUUCUAGCUUAGCUGUUUCUUUCCCAUUUUUGAUUAGUCUACACUAUGGAAAUUGUCAAAACAAUAUUUUAAUUAAAGCCAUCGUCAAUA